AUGCCCGCUAAAGGUGGAGGCCGUGCUACUGGUGGUGCCGCUGGCCACAAGACCACGCCCGCAGACGCGUCCCGCAUACAGUCUACCCAGGCCAAGAGCGGCGCCGACACCGGCAAGGGCGCCUUCGCCUCUCGUGCUCAGAGUGCUGCGGCCAAGAACGCCAACGCCUCUCCCUCUGCCGCUGCCAAGGGCGGCAAGGGUUCGAAGGCCGUGUCAUGA